AUGCAAAAGAGUGUGAGCCAAAUUGCAAAGCUCCCAUCGCUGUCUAUAGCGCUAGCGCUUAGGACUUCCACGGCUGAACUACAACUCUCAACUCUCAACACUCUACAAAGUGUGAGCACACAAACCAGCAUUUUCAAGCUCGAAACCCGCAUGGUUGAACUUCCAGACAUUGGAGUAUCCUGCCUCCGCCUUGGCAGGCCUAUCGAAUUCCACUUUAGCCUACAUUUUGCUGUCCUGCCCUUUAACCAGGAUAUUAUAUUGUAUUUGUGUUUUCUCUGCCACUCUGACUUGUUUUCUUCUGGUCAUCCCACAGGUGCUUCUGAAUGGACCUCCUGGUUUAAUGUUGACCACCCAGGAGGAGAAGGAGAUCAUGAGACUGUGGAGGCUGUUCGUUUCUAUUACCCAAAUCGUCUGUGCUCCAGACCUAUCGCAUUGGAAGCCCGGACAACUGAAUGGAUUGCUCCGAAGGAUACAAUGGAGGUGGUGCAUUCUAUUCCAGAGAAGGGUUUUUGGUGCAAUAACAAAGAGCAAAAGGAAGGGAAACACUGCUCCAACUACCAUGUCAGGUUUAAGUGUCCUCUUGAAGAAUAUUGGUCCCACUGGGAAUCAUGGACACCCUGCACAAGGACCUGUGGAGGGGGGAGAAGGAUUAGACGGAGGGUGUGCACCAGUAAGAAAAAUCCCUGCAUUGGAAGAACUUACCAGCUUCAAAAAUGUGGAAAGGAACCAUGUAAAGCCUGUGGCCUUUUGUGUGCCAAUGGAGAAGCAAAUGCAGCCUGCAGAAGGUGCAAUUGUACCAGCCACUCACUAGUUGGAAAGAUACAGACCAGCUAUGGUUCUGCCCUUCAUGGUGCCAAGGUGUUUCUGAAAUAUGAUCUAUUGGGCACUACAGAUGUACGAGGCAACAUCAGAAUUCCUGGAAUCUGCUCAGAUGACCAUGUCAACAUCACUAUAGCUUUGGAUGGCUUCUCUUCAGUAACCCUGCAGAAUGUAAAAAAUGGGUCCAGCUCAUCUUAUUUCGUGGCAGUUUUAAAGAGAGAAGAAAAGCCAUAUAUGGUACAGCAUCCAUAUUCCAAGAUCCGAAAAGAAGGUCAGAAGGUGACAUUUUGCUGUGCAGCUACUGGGAACCCAAUUCCAACUAAGCAUUACUGGUACCACAAUGGUACUUUACUGGACAAACAGAUAUUUAAAUAUGACGAGACCUUAACCCUGCGCAAUGUCCAAGCUGUACAUGCUGGAACCUACCACUGCAGAGCAAGUAAUGGACUAGGAGUCAUUAAGUCUUCUGUAGCUCAGUUAACAAUUGUUGGUAAGCAAGAAAACAGCUGUAGCAAGUCACCCCAAGAACAUCUUAUUAAGCUCCCCGCAGGCUGUUUUCAAACAGCAACUCGUUCUCUUUACCACAACGUUGGCAAGUGUCCCAAUACCCAGUGUGUGGGAUCAAUGAGCUCUGAAAUACUCUGUAAGGAUAAAGUAGAUUAUUGCUGUGGGGUAAAGCAAAUGAUGUUACAAGAGGUACAAUGUCUAGGUUAUGUAUUACCAAUUAUGGUUGUGACGGAAUGUGACUGUGUGCAGUGUAUACAGCCAAAGGUACUUGUGCGUGGAAGGGUAACGGCAUAUGAUACAGGGGAACCACUGCGCUUUGGUCAAAUGUUUAUGAGUGGAGAAAACAUUGGAUUCACUGGGUACAAGGGACAGUUCACUUUAGAAGUACCUGCUGGAACCAAAAGAUUAGUAGUCACUUUUAUAGAUCGUGAAGAUAAAUUUGUUGAGACAAUAAAAGUCUUCCCAUUUGAUCCAAAGGGCAGUACUGUGUAUCAAGAAGUCAAGAUAAUGCGGAAAACUCAACCAAAGAAUCUAGAUCCUAGAAUUAUAAAUAUCAUUCCUCUUGGAACAGUAAAAGGAGAGGACCCAAUGGCAGAAAUUGUAAUACCACCUUACUCUUUCACCAGAACCAGUGGUGAAAUAUACAAUGGUACUGUCAAAGCCAGUGUAAGCUUUCUUGAUCCCAGGAAUAUAAGCACUGCUUCCGCUGCUUCAAGUGACCUUAACUUUGUCAACAGAGAUGGAGAUAUUUCCCCAUUAAGAACAUAUGGGAUGUUUGCAGUAGACUUAAGGCAAGAAGAUUCCAAUGCUGUCCUGCUGGCUGGAAAUGUGGAGGUCCAUUUAAAUACAGAACAGGUUAAGAUGCCACAGCACCUAAAGGAAAUGAAACUAUGGUCUUUAAAUGAAGAGACUGGAAUGUGGGAGGAGGAAAGUCGUUUCCAAGUGGUAAAAGGGAGCCACAGAAAAAGAAGAGAAGAGAGGUCAUUUCUUAUAGGACAGCUGGAGAUACGUGAAAGACGUCUCUUUAAUUUGGAUGUGCCAGAACAUAGGAGGUGCUUUGUUAAAGUCCGAGCCUACAUGAAUGAAAAGUUUAUUCCUAGUGAACAAUUAGAGGGAGUGGUGAUAAACCUUAUUAAUUUAGAGCCAGUGGCAGGAUUUACAUCUAACCCAAGAGCCUGGGGUCGAUUUGACAGUGUGAUUACAGGACAAAAUGGAGCUUGUCUACCUGCAUUCUGUGAUGCUCAGAGACCAGAUGCCUACACUGCCUAUGUCACAGCUAUAAUGGGAGGGGAAGAGUUAGAAGCUGCUCCAUCCUCCCCUAAACUAAAUCCCAAUGUAGUUGGAGUAUCACAACCCUACCUGUCCAAAUUAGGCUAUCAAAGAUCUGAUCAUGAAGACACAGCUGGAAAAAAAACUGCCUUUAAACUUAAUCUUGCUAAACCAAACCCAAACAAUUUAGAUGAAACUAGCGGGCCAAUAUAUGCAUAUCGUAACCUGCAUGGCUGUGAAGAAGCACCAGUCUCAGACAACCAUUUCCGCUUUUACAGGGUGGAAGAAGACAAAUACGAGUACAAUGUAGUGCCAUUUGAGGAGACAGAUUUAACAUCAUGGAUUGGUGGAUAUUUGUCCUGGUGGCCAAAUCCCCAGGAAUUUCGAGCCUGCUACAUAAAAGUAAGGAUUCAGGGAACACAAGAAUAUAUGGUUCGGUCCAGAAAUGCUGGAGGGAGCCAUCCAAGAACUAUUAGUCAACUCUAUGGGCUAAGGGACAUUAGGAGUGUUAGGGAUUUGCAAGUAGACAGAAGUUCAGCAGCCUGUGUUGAAUUCAAGUGCAGUGGGAUGCUGUAUGACCAAAGUGUAGUUGAUCGUACACAUGUUGUCAUCAUUCCACAAGGCAGCUGCAGAAAUAUAGAAAUCAACAGACUUCUAAAGGAAUAUCUUGCACGACAUCCUCCAGUAGUUCUAGGAAAUGACACUGAUGCAUUUAAUAUGUUAGCCCCUGUUGACCCACUCGGGCAUAAUUAUGGCAUCUAUACAGUCACUGAUCAAAAUCCAAAGCUGGCAAAAGAAAUUGCUAUUGGGCGUUGUUUUGAUGGCACCUCUGAUGGCUUCUCAAGAGAAAUGAAGUCUACAGCUGGUGUGGCAUUAACAUUUAGGUGUCAGGAGAAGCCAGUUACACAUGAAAGCUUUUUCCAGCGCUUGCUUACUGACCCUGGUGAAACACUCCGUGAAAUCCGUCGUGGGAUGUUGGAAAAUGAACAAAAUGAAAAUGUACCUCAAGUUGUUCCUUAUCCUGCUACUGGACGCACUACCAACAGAACCAGAAGACCUAUAGCCAAUCAAAGAAGACCUGGGCAAGUAAGGAGGAACUGACACCUGGUAGAUGAACAAAAAGCAUAUUAUUAAUUUUUUUCUGUUAGAUGAGGAGUCACUUAUGAGAACAUAGAGGGUGAUCACACAAAGAAUCAGUGACUGUAAUUACCAAAAAAGUUCUAAUAAUUCCAGUGAAGCUGGAAUCUUGUGUUAGAAAGCAUUAGAAAGCGUAAAAAUACAAAUUGUCCCAUAGUUUUCAAUACAUUUCGGGGGAAUUUUCUCCAUAUAGACAAUUUUUGGUGAAGGGAAAUGAGUCAGAUUCGCCCAUCACUACUUACAGAUACUUGCACACUGACCUGCUUAUCUCUAUGUGUGUAUGAUGAAAGCCAGGCCAUAGAUGAACUGUGCAAAUGCUUUUUAUAUGAAGGUCUAUAGGAUCAGGGAAUCCAUGAUGCCACUGAGCAGCAAAAAUUGUAACCAAAGCAGUUUUUAAUGUCAUAAAUAAAAUAUACAAUCAAAACUAGCAACAUACAUAAAAACAUGGGAAUUAGUAUUGAUAGCAUUAUAAUGAAUGCUAUUAUCAUCUUUUCAGCGUUGGUGUUUGCAAACAAAAUUUAAGGUCAUAGUUGGCCAUCUUCUCCAUUUCCAGCUACAUUGAUUGACUAGCAAAUUAAAAAGAGCUGCUACAACUAUAGUGUUUUGAAAACAAUUUUGACGUGUGAUAUUCAUAUUUGACCAAUCAAAACUAUUAAUGGAAUUAAAUGCCACCGGAGUAUGUGGGGUCAACAAAAAUCUAAAUUUGAAUGUGCUCCAGUAGACUAAACUAUUAGAUCAAUUUGUGCAUGGACACAGAUCUGGGAUUUUUAUGCAAAAACAUGUUAUAUAUAAUACAUGAUUAUCCAUGUUGUUGCCUUUGCUCUUUAAAUACAAGCACCUUGUGGUUGAUGAAGUUAAGCUUGAAUAAAUCUAUUCCGAUAGCAAAGCAAUCCUGGUGAAUUAUAUAAAUUUAAACAUUCUAAGGCGUAAGGUGUGAUGACCCAUAUGAAAAAAAUAAAAGACAAUUUAUCCAGUAAACCCUAUGCUUCCAGCAUUCCAAAUGAUAGAUCCCAUACUUGUAAUGGAAAAUCAUUACACUAAUCCAUACAAACAAAUAUGAAAUAUGCUUGUAAUAGUAUUCCAGUGCUUAGCUAUCACCUCUGUGUAAGUAAUGAAAUACCAGUCAACACUUUUAUAAAAAUAAAAAAAACAAUAACAGUCUAACAUUCGACCCUCAAUCUGAUUUUCAAACUCCAGUCCUCACAACAACUAAAGAAUGUCAAUGUAUAAACUAAAGUUUAGCAGUAGUUUCAGGGAAGAUUUUUGGUCAAAAUAGAUUUUGGAAGUCUUGACUGGGAUUAAAUUGCUUUUACAUCUUGUAAUGUAAUUAUAAACCGUUUCCAAUAUACAUAUAUGAAAUUUGUUUGAUGGUUUUGAAGUUAUUUGAAAUGUAAUCGC